UAUAAAUUCCGAAAGCGGAGGCCACCGGUGGCCUUCUCUCUCCUGACCUCCCAGCUACCACCGCCCCCCUCCCCUCUGUCCUCGAGCUUCGCCUUGGAUCGCAGCGCAGCGCAGCUGGACUCCUCCCCCUCGUCGUCGUGUGCGCGCGUGAGCGAACAUCUCAAAUGGACUUUUUUACCGAGUAUGGCGAGGGAAACAGAUACAAGAUAGAAGAGGUUAUAGGAAAAGGGAGUUAUGGCGUGGUCUGCUCUGCUUUGGAUACUCACACGGGUGAGAAAGUUGCUAUCAAGAAGAUAAACGACAUCUUUGAACAUGUGUCUGAUGCGACACGGAUACUCCGCGAGAUCAAGUUGCUUAGGCUCCUAAGACACCCUGAUAUUGUGGAAAUAAAACAUAUUCUACUUCCUCCGUCGAGGAGAGAGUUCAAGGAUAUAUACGUUGUUUUCGAACUCAUGGAGUCUGAUUUGCACCAAGUUAUAAAGGCGAAUGAUGACUUGACUCCAGAACAUUAUCAGUUUUUCUUGUAUCAGUUGCUCCGAGGAUUGAAAUACAUACAUACAGCAAAUGUAUUUCAUCGAGAUCUCAAACCAAAGAAUAUCUUGGCUAAUGCUGAUUGUAAGCUCAAAAUAUGUGACUUCGGUCUUGCAAGGGUAGCUAUAAGUGAUACUCCAACCGCCAUAUUUUGGACGGAUUAUAUCGCAACAAGGUGGUACCGAGCACCUGAGCUAUGUGGAUCUUUUUUCUCCAAGUACACACCAGCAAUAGAUAUAUGGAGUAUUGGAUGUAUAUUUGCGGAACUUCUAACUGGCAAACCUCUUUUUCCUGGGAAAAAUGUGGUGCAUCAACUUGAUAUAAUCACAGAUCUACUGGGAACGCCUGCUCCAGAAACAAUUGCUAGGAUUCGAAAUGAGAAGGCCAGACGCUACUUGAGCAGUAUGAGGCGGAAAAAGCCUGUACCGUUUACACAGAAGUUUCCGAAUGCAGAUCCACUUGCAUUAAAUUUGUUAGAGAGAAUGCUAGCAUUUGAUCCAAAAUACCGGCCAAGUGCUGAAGAGGCUCUUGCUGAUCUUUAUUUCAAGAACAUAGCUAGUGUGGAUAGGGAGCCUUCUGCACAGCCCAUUACUAAGCUCGAGUUUGAGUUUGAGAGACGAAGAAUUACGAAGGACGACAUAAGGGAACUCAUAUACAGAGAAAUUCUGGAAUAUCAUCCAAACAUGCUGAGGGAAUUCCUUGAGGGGGCAGAGCCAACUAAUUUCAUGUACCCAAGUGCAGUAGAUCAUUUCAAAAAGCAAUUCACAUUCCUUGAAGAGCAUUAUGCAAAGGGAUCAACAGCAGCGCCGCCUGAGAGGCAACAUAAUUCAUUACCAAGGCCGAGUGUUAUCUAUUCGGAUAAUCGGCCACAGGGUUCAGAUAGCCGACCACAGGGUGCUGCCAACAUUACGGAUGAUCUUUCCAGGUGUAUAAUCAGAGAUAAUGCACAAAAGCCACGCAGAGAUCCUGCUUCAGUUGGUGCAAACAGAGUUCCUCAAGGUGCUGCUGUCGCAAGGCCUGGUAAAGUGGUUGGUUCGGCACUUCGUUAUGGUAACUGUUCAACAUCUGGUACUGAGCAAUAUGAACAGCGAAGGGUCAUCACAAGCCAAGGAAUUGUUCCAAACGGCGUUCCUUCAGGCAGCUCAUACCCUAGAAGAAAUAACACCUGCAAGAGUGAAACAGGUGAAGCUGAAAGGAUCGACGUGAGCCAAGCCGUGCCACCAAAGCCAUAUACCGGAAAUAAACUACCUGCAACUGUGGAUGGCCGCAAUGGGCACUGGUAGACUGCUGUGACAAUGCCAGAAAAUCCUUGUCACCUCAUUCCAAGGACACACCUUCAAACAUGCCAUUCUGUACAGAGUUAUAUUAUCUGUCAAGCUUACAUCUCCCAGAGACGAUAGAACUGUAUGAGAGGCCUUUGCGACAGGCUAGUCUCCUGUUAAGCUCAACUCUGGUCUGGUUACCUGCAAUUGGGUAGAUCCAGUUCAACUGUUCAACAAGUAUAACAAAAAAACUGGAAACUUUGAGCGGCAUUCGCGACAAAGGACUGUUACUGACCUGACUGAUGGUGUUCCUCGAUUUGUUUCUCCCAAGCUGGUGGCCUUGAGGGAGGUUCAGAGAGCCCACUGUACACUAUCUAAUGUUGUAACACGGAGUUAAUUAAUUGACUUUAAAGUAUGUUCUUGUUGCUUGUAGUCUGUCAUCAAGCUGUAGUAUUGAACUAUUAAACACGGCUAUUUCUGAUAACACAUUAUUUGGACCCUGCUCGCUAUUGAGUGCGGAAUUUAUAAUGAUGUAUGCAGUAAUCAAGUAGCCCGAGUAAAAAUGGAGUUGCGACGUAUGUUUCUUGUA